UCCCGCAAGAUGAAGUUGUUUGCUGUUCUUUUCGCCGUUUUGGCCGUUGUCCUGAUGACUGCCGCUCCAGUUUUCGGCAAUCUCCCACAGUGCGAACCCACCGCCGACGCCGCCCAAGGCGGUAGCUAUCCAAUCACGGAGCUGAUGCGGAACGGCAAACCUAUUUAUAACCAUGGAAGAAGAGGUUAACUGAUCAUGAAAAGAAUACAAUUGACAUCAAGUGGUAAUAAAAUAGCGCAUCUUAGAAAAGA